AUGUCGGAGAUUACUGAUGCCGAGAGAGUUCGUAUCGCUUCGGAUUUCAUCAGUCAUGCACCACCCGGCGAGUUCAAUGAGGUGUUCAACUCGGUGAGAAUGCUUUUAAAGAAUGAUGAAUUGUUGAAAGACAAAUGCGUGCCAGCCAUCGCACAGUACAACGUAGGACAGUUUGUGCCAGUCAAAUUGGAUGGAGUCGCCAAGCAGACUUUGAUCACUCCAUACAAUGACUUGGGAAACGGACGUUUCUACGACGAAGUUUCGAAGAAAAGCUUCAAGUACGAUCAUGUCCGCAAAGAGGCUAGUGACCUUCAACCACAUCCAGCCGAGUCGGGAAUCACUGAACAAUGGCGCCAGGCUCUCCAGACUCAACUCGACACUUACAUUGACGAACAUUACGCUAAGAGUGGAACGGGAGUUGUGUUUGCUCGCAAUGGUACAUUCACUAUAUGUAUCGAAUCCCACCAGUUCCAGCCAAAGAAUUUCUGUAAUGGAAGAUGGCGUUCGGAGUGGAAUGUGCCGGUUGGUGAUGGAAAAUCGGGAUCACAAGAAAUGAAGGGAAAGGUUUUGUCGCAAGUUCACUAUUACGAGGAUGGAAAUGUGCAACUGUUUUCGGAGAAAGAACCAGUGCUGAAGGUCCAAGUUUCGGCUGACUUUGAGAAGACUGCCAAGGACAUUAUCCACGCUAUCACAGAAGAAGAGACGAAAUAUCAAAACGCUGUUCAGGAGAACUACGCCAACAUGUCGGACACAACUUUCAAGGCACUCCGCCGUCAGUUGCCAGUUACUCGUGCCAAGAUGGAUUGGAAUAAGGCUCAGACCUACCGAAUCGGCCAGGAGAUGAAGUAA